AUGUUAUCUGUCCGCAUAGCCCCUCAUGCACUGUGGGAUCAGACUGGCAGGAACUCAUUAUUUGGAAGUGACCUCUCAAAGAAGAUGUCUAUUAUACAAAUCAUGAUUGACAACUAUGUAGAUAUAUUUGGAGAUGAGGACCAUAUCAUUUGUGACCAUAAUCAAAAGAGUUCAGAUGACAAAAAGAUGUCAAUAAAUACUGCUGACAUGGGUGAUGACAACUAUUGGUGGAGACCUGUACAAGGAGUACCUCGACUUUUCUAUACGGAACCCCUUGUGAAGGCAGACAUGGGUGGAUUACAGCGAACCUUGCUGUGCCAAGGUCCCGUGGAACUCACAAGGGGCACGAAAACCAACAGACGACAUCUGUCCUUAUUUGAUGACAUUUUAGUAGUAUCUAGUAACCUAUCCAUUGAUGCAGCCAAGAUGGAUAUGAAGAAACCAUUCUCACUUAAGAUAUUCACCGAAGACAUACCAACCUGUGACACUCAUUUAUAUGUAACAGCAACAAAAUUUGAAAAGGUGAAUGAUAUAAUGAAGAAGUUACUACCAAUGAUACGAAUGCCUAACAGUGAAGAUUUCGAACUAUGGUUCUGCCCUGGCCAUGAGGAAGCUCCUAGAGCACUGCACGGCUAUGAGUGUCCACAUAAAGUUUUAAUGAAUCACCUUCAAAUUAACUUGGGUAGAUGGAAGUCAAAAAUUUCCACAGCUUUUCCCAUCUUUCCUGGCUUAUUUGUGAAAGACUUCAACAUGGAUGAGGAGGGCCAAUUUAUCUUAAAGCCCCGAAACUCAGCUAGAAUCCAGCAGCAAAAUGAAAAGGAAAGACCUCGUAAGACAAAAAGACCAUUGAUGACAUCUUGUUUCCAUAGGGCCUCUGUGCCCCACCGGGACCAAAUGUGUACUGACCCAAAAGUUAAAAAGACAGGACAACUAUUUGGCAAACAACUGAGUUGCAUUUGUCCCAAUGGAAAAUGGCCCCAAGCAAUUCUGGACAUACUGUACCGAUUAAGAGAAAAAGGCCCCACCACACAAAGCAUCUUUGCCAAAGCUCCCAAUGAGACAUCGUGUAAAACUCUAAAAGACAAAUUGGAUAAUGGGGAAGUGGUGGCUAUAAAGAAUUACUCGAUUCAUGAUGUGGCCUGGAUCCUGAAGGAGUUUCUACGACUUAUUAAAGGCAGUCUGAUGACCGCCCAGUUAUAUGACAAGUGGCUUGCAGUUCCGCAAAAGGCCAACCACAAAGAAAAACUGACAGCAGUGCGGAGUCUCCUAGACAAUCUUCCAGCGCCAAAUGCUGCUCUUUUGGGCCAACUCUUUAGGAUUUUACACGAAAUUUCAAAAAAUGCUUCUUUUAAUCUAAUGUCAGCUCAAAAUCUCUCGGCUGAGAUAGCUCCCUACAUUUUAUGGAUGCCUACCUACCGCAAUAAGGUCCUGGCAAAUUAUAUCACUGAAAAGAUUUCUCUCGUGACAUUUUUGAUAUCAAAUUCUCCAGAACUUUUUGGACUUGAUGUUGUUGCAGUGUGGUAUGAAACAUCGUUUUUUAGUCCAACUAGUACAAAUACCUCAUGUGCCCAUAAUUCUCCAUCUAUUAUCAACAAAGGAAAGGAAACAGAACAUGGAAUCAACACCUGCCCCAGUGGGAGAACAUACAGCCCAGGCCAUGACGCACCAGCAAUAACUCCUGUGGCUCCUCCUCUUCAUGAGGGCAAUAUAGAGAAAGGAGAAGGCAGUGUAGAUACAACCCAGCAAGCAAUUUCUAAAACUGAUCCUGCUCCAAUUAAAAAACAUGGAUUUCGCUCUUUUCCACCAAUUUCUUGCCUGGACAGGAUGCUGCCAUCUCCUAUACUUGAUAUGCUGUCUAUCAUUGAGAGAAGGGGCCAAAAUACUGACCAAAUAUUCCGAUACUUGCCAGGAAAAUCACAUUGGUCUCUGAGAGAUAAAAUUUAUACUGAACAAGACAUCAACUGGCAUGAACAAUCUGUGAUUACAAUAUCUUCCGUUUUAAAGGAUUUUCUUAGAAAUAUACAAGGAAGCUUGCUUUCUUCAGAUUUAUAUGAAGAUUGGCUUAGUGUCGUUGAUGAAAAAUCUCUGAUUGGAAAAAUUUUGGCUAUAAAAAGUAUUCUACUGAAUAUGCCACAAGCAAAUUAUGACCUCCUUAAACAGCUCAUCUGUGUUUUAUUACAAAUUAAAAUGUCUACCAGGAAAAACCUAGACACCUACAUGUUAUCUGUCCGCAUAGCCCCUCAUGUACUGUGGGAUCAGACUGGCAGGAACUCAUUAUUUGGAAGUGACCUCUCAAGGAAGAUGUCUAUUAUACAAAUCAUGAUUGACAACUAUGUAGAUAUAUUUGGAGAUGAGGACCAUAUCAUUUGUGACCAUAAUCAAAAGAGUUCAGAUGACAAAAAGAUGUCAAUAAAUACUGCUGGCUAUGAGUGUCCACAUAAAGUUUUAAUGAAUCACCUUCAAAUUAACUUGGGUAGAUGGAAGUCAAAAAUUUCCACAGCUUUUCCCAUCUUGCCUGGGUUAUUUGUGAAAGACUUCAACAUGGAUGAGGAGGGCCAAUUUAUCUUAAAGCCCCGAAACUCAGCUAGAAUCCAGCAGCAAAAUGAAAAGGAAAGACCUCGUAAGACAAAAAGACCAUUGAUGACAUCUUGUUUCCAUAGGGCCUCUGUGCCCCACCGGGACCAAAUGUGUACUGACCCAAAAGUUAAAAAGACAGGACAACUAUUUGGCGAACAACUGAGUUGCAUUUGUCCCAAUGGAAAAUGGCCCCAAGCAAUUCUGGACAUACUGUACCGAUUAAGAGAAAAAGGCCCCACCACACAAAGCAUCUUUGCCAAAGCUCCCAAUGAGACAUCGUGUAAAACUCUAAAAGACAAAUUGGAUAAUGGGGAAGUGGUGGCUAUAAAGAAUUACUCGCUUCAUGAUGUGGCCUGGAUCCUGAAGGAGUUUCUACGACUUAUUAAAGGCAGUCUGAUGACCGCCCAGUUAUAUGACAAGUGGCUUGCAGUUCCGCAAAAGGCCAACCACAAAGAAAAACUGACAGCAGUGCGGAGUCUCCUAGACAAUCUUCCAGCGCCAAAUGCUGCUCUUUUGGGCCAACUCUUUAGGAUUUUACACGAAAUUUCAAAAAAUGCUUCUUUAAAUCUAAUGUCAGCUCAAAAUCUCUCGGCUGAGAUAGCUCCCUACAUUUUAUGGAUGCCUACCUACCGCAAUAAGGUCCUGGCAAAUUAUAUCACUGAAAAGAUUUCUCUCGUAACAUUUUUGAUAUCAAAUUCUCCAGAACUUUUUGGACUUGAUGUUGUUGCAGUGUGGUAUGAAACAUCGUUUUUUAGUCCAACUAGUACAAAUACCUCAUGUGCCCAUAAUUCUCCAUCUAUUAUCAACAAAGGAAAGGAAACAGAACAUGGAAUCAACACCUGCCCCAGUGGGAGAACAUACAGCCCAGGCCAUGACGCACCAGCAAUAACUCCUGUGGCUCCUCCUCUUCAUGAGGGCAAUAUAGAGAAAGGAGAAGGCAGUGUAGAUACAACCCAGCAAGCAAUUUCUAAAACUGCUCCUGCUCCAAUUAAAAAACAUGGAUUUCGCUCUUUUCCACCAAUUUCUUGCCUGGACAGGAUGCUGCCAUCUCCUAUACUUGAUAUGCUGUCUAUCAUUGAGAGAAGGGGCCAAAAUACUGACCAAAUAUUCCGAUACCUACCAGGAAAAUCACAUUGGUCCCUGAGAGAUAAAAUUUAUACUGAACAAGACAUCAACUGGCAUGAACAAUCUGUGAUUACAAUAUCUUCCGUUUUAAAGGAUUUUCUUAGAAAUAUACAAGGAAGCUUGCUUUCUUCAGAUUUAUAUGAAGAUUGGCUUAGUGUCGUUGAUGAAAAAUCUCUGAUUGGAAAAAUUUUGGCUAUAAAAAGUAUUCUACUGAAGCUGCCACAAGCAAAUUAUGACCUCCUCAAACAGCUCAUCUGUGUGUUAUUACAAAUUAAAAUGUCUACCAGGAAUAACCUAGACACCUACAUGUUAUCUGUCCGCAUAGCUCCUCAUGUACUGUGGGAUCAGACUGGCAGGAACUCAUUAUUUGGAAGUGACCUCUCAAGGAAGAUGUCUAUUAUACAAAUCAUGAUUGACAACUAUGUAGAUAUAUUUGGAGAUGAGGACCAUAUCAUUUGUGACCAUAAUCAAAAGAGUUCAGAUGACAAAAAGAUGUCAAUAAAUACUGCUGAUCAUGUGAACUACUUCUCAACUCAGCAGUGGUUUCUUGAAAAGGUAGUCAUGGUAGCCAUAAUCGGUGGAGACCUGUACAAGGAGUACCUCGACUUUUCUAAACGGAACCCCUUGUGA